GUCCCGGCUAUAAAGCGUGGCCGCCUCCCACGGCGCCGGGACAGCUGGACCCGGGGCGGUCGGACGGGCGGGCGCCGGUCGAACUCGGGCCGUGCCCGCGGCCAGAGCCGAAGCACUCCGCUCCCCCGGGGCCAGAGCGGGGGCGGGUGGGGGCGCAGGCCCGGGGGAUGCUGGGCUCGGUGAAGAUGGAGGCUCAUGACCUGGCCGAGUGGAGCUACUACCCGGAGGCGGGCGAGGUCUAUUCUCCAGUGACCCCGGUGCCCACCAUGGCCCCCCUCAACUCCUACAUGACCCUGAACCCCCUAAGCUCUCCCUACCCUCCCGGGGGGCUCCCAGCCUCCCCACUGCCCUCAGGCCCCCUGGCACCCCCGGCUCCCGCAGCGCCCCUGGGGCCCACCUUCCCAGGCCUGGGAGCCAGCAGCGGUGGAGGCAGCAGCUCAGGGUACGGGGGCCCGGGCCCAGGGCUGGUGCCCGGGAAGGAGAUGCCGAAAGGGUACCGGCGGCCCCUGGCGCACGCCAAGCCACCCUAUUCCUACAUCUCGCUCAUCACCAUGGCGAUCCAGCAGGCGCCGGGCAAGAUGCUGACGCUGAGCGAGAUCUACCAGUGGAUCAUGGACCUUUUCCCCUACUACCGGGAGAACCAGCAGCGCUGGCAGAACUCCAUCCGCCACUCGCUGUCUUUUAACGACUGCUUUGUCAAGGUGGCACGCUCCCCAGACAAGCCGGGCAAGGGCUCCUACUGGGCCCUGCACCCCAGCUCAGGGAACAUGUUUGAGAAUGGCUGCUACCUGCGCCGCCAGAAACGCUUCAAGCUGGAGGAAAAGGCGAAAAAAGGUGGCAGUGGGGCGGCCGCCACCAGGAACGGGACAGGGGCUGCCACGGCGACCACCACCCCGGCUGCCACAGUCGCCUCCACGCCCCAGCCCCCGCCUCCAGCCCCGGAGCCUGAGGCUCAGGGCAGGGAAGAGGUGGGGGCUCUGGACUGUGGCUCACCCCCUCCCUCCACCCCCUACUUCACUGGCCUGGAGCUCCCAGGGGAGCUGAAGCUGGACGCACCCUACAACUUCAACCACCCUUUCUCCAUCAACAACCUGAUGUCGGAACAGACGCCGGCGCCUCCCAAACUGGACGUGGGGUUCGGGGGCUAUGGGGCUGAAGGUGGGGAGCCGGGGGUCUACUACCAGGGCCUCUAUUCCCGCUCCCUGCUCAAUGCAUCCUAGCUGGGGGCAGCGGGGACACGGCGGUGGUGUGGCUGUAGCUCACAGCAUCAGGCUCUUGGGGCCUGAUCCUUCUGGUGACACUUUGCUUGUCACAUUGGGUAACAUCUUGGUCCAUCUGUUCCUUACUGUGAUGACUGCUGUCUCUGUGAGCAUCAUUUUGGUCUAUCAGGUACUGUGAUAUCUUGGUGGACCCACUGGGUACCUGGAAGACUGCCAUGUUGGUUGGCGUUAUUGGUUGAUCCACUGAGUGCUUCGAUGGCCGCCAUCUGGGAUGCCGUCUCGGUGGGUCCUCUGGGUGCUGUGAUGGACAUCUCCUGACUGACCCUUGGGUGUGGAGGUGAUACCAUUUCAUCUCCUUUGACCCAUUGGGAGCUGUGGUCACUUCUUUCUUGGUGGACUUCUUGGCAUAGCAUAUGCCAAGUUGGCCACCAUCCUGGAGAACACCUUUUUUGGCCCAUUGAGUGCUUUGAUGGCCACCCUACUGGCUGGGUGACUUUAUCAGUGGGCCACUGUGCCCCAUGAUAGCCACCACAGCCUCAUGGUGGCUGAGCCAUCACCAUCUCUUUGGUGUGGGUUGGGUGAAGGGUGGAGGUGAGAAUACACCUUGGUUUUCUCUGAAGGCCAUCUGCCUCUCUGGUCCAGGGGGGACCCGAAAGGGCUGGUCAGGGUGUGGGGAAUGUCUACUGAAGUCUGGUUCUUGCCUGGGAAGCGGGGCACUGGCUGUGUUUGACCAUUAAAGGCACCAUUGCCACCUCUUA